UCUGGGACGGGAAGUGACCCCAGUCACCUUAACCCCGCGCCCGGAGUUGUAUCCGCAGUUGCUAGCUGUGUGUGCCCGGGAGUUUUUUCUCGAGAUGUGGUUCGAAAUUCUCCCGGGCCUGGCCGUUAUGAGCGUAUGCCUGACGAUCCCGGGAAUUAGCACCGCUCUCAUCCAGAAGUACAGCAAUGGGGGCAAGGAAAAGAGAAUUGCCCGUAAUCGAUACCAGUGGGCUCUAUUGGAAAGGGACAGGAGGAUCUCUGGAUUCUCUCGUCAUUACAAGGCUAAGGGGUUGGAGAACAUAAUCGAAGAUAUAUAAGUGGCUGCAUGAUGCUCAUCUUCGUAAUUGCAGAACACAUAUACAAGAUGUUAUCUGGUGCACAUUAAAGAAAAUGACUACCCAGAGA